AUGUCCGUCAUGGGCUGUUUAGCAGAAUUGUCUGCCCUGGCACCUAUCUCAGGUGCUUUCGUCAGUCAAGCGGAUCUCUUCUUCGAUCCUGCCCUGGGAUUUGCUAUCGGUUGGUGUACAUUCUACGGUUCAGUCGUUUCCGUACCGGCAGAAUGGUCAGCUGUAGCUGUCGUCAUGACUUAUUGGACAGACUUGAGCCCUGCUAUUUGGAUUGCUAUCUGUAUAUUCGUCACCUUCAUGACCAAUUUAUUCCUCAUUCGAAUCUAUGGCGAAGUCGAACUCAUCUGCGCGGUAUUGAAGAUCGCUCUGAUCCUUGGACUCAUCCUCUUCGGACUGAUAUACGAUCUUGGGGGUAUACCGGGAUCAGACAGGAUCGGAUUCAGAUAUUGGAAAGAUGGGGGUGCGUUUGGUCAAGGCUACUAUUAUACCGGUACAGCGGGUGGGAAAUCUGCGGGUUUCUGGUUGACCUUGAUCAAUGCUGUCUAUGCGUUCUCCGGAGUCGAAUCGCUCGCUAUAGCCGCUGCCGAGACCAAAAAUCCACGUCGAAACGUUCCCAAGGCUGCCAAACACGUGUUCAUCCGGGUGUUCGUUUUUUACAUGGUCACUUUAUUCAUCGUCGGUUUGAUCGUACCAUACAACGAUCCGAACCUAUUGCACUCGACCGGUACGGCUGCUUCUUCGCCAUUCGUCAUUGCUGCUCAGCGAGCGGGAGUCAAGGUUCUUCCCAGUAUAAUCAAUGCGGUGAUCAUCACUUCAGCUUGGUCCUCAGGUAAUCACGGUAUGUUGGUCGGUUCAAGAUCGCUAUACGCUCUAGCUUUAGAUGGUAAAGCGCCGAAAAUCUUUACGAGGGUAUCAAGAUUUGGUAUACCAUACUUGGCUGUGAUUGCACAAGGAUCUUUCCAGGCUUUAGCCUUCAUGUCAGUCAGUAGUGGGGCUUCGACCGUUUUCAGUUGGUUAACCAACAUUAACUCUUCAUCAACAUUAUGUAUCUGGAUGGUCAUUGGUUUCUUAUCAUUAAGGGUCAGAAAAGGCAUGAGAGCUCAAAAUAUACAAUCUCACGAAUUGCCUUGGUCGGCACCUCUUCAGCCUUUCCUCUCGUACUAUACUGUUGGAGCUUCAUUUUUGGUUCUGACAACAGGUGGAUUUUACAGCUUCUUACCAGGAAAUUGGGAUGUCUCCGAUUUCUUCUCCAGCUACUUCUCUGUCAUCUUUAUGAUCGUUUUCUAUUUCGGAUACAAAUUAUGGAAACGAACUAAGAUCAAUCCCCUCAAGGAAGUACCUGUUGGCCAAUUGAUCGCUAUUGCAGAUGCCAAUCCCGAGGAUCCCCCUACGCCUACGAAAGGGUUUUGGAAAUGGUUUGGCAGGUUUGGUGGGACUAGGCAGAAAGUAUGA